ACCAGCUCUCGCUUCUGAAAGCCGAGGACUAUCUGGCUUCUUCUAAACUAGCUCUGCUCCUGAAGCUGUUCCAGAUCCAAAGAGGAGUAAAGAAGAUACAUAUGAGGACAUACAGAAACAGUGGAAACUUUUCAUUUGCAGUCAACCUGGGAUCCAUUUUUCUUUCAAAAAUCUAAAAGAAAACAGAGUUGAAGGAAAGUAGAAAUAAUCUAGUGUAUUUCUGACAAAAAGAGGAUGCUUGUGUUUGCUACAACUGUUCCAAGCCAAAGAGAACGCAACUGACAGAAGAAAUCUGGUCACGAACUUCAAAACAUAUCUUUCAAGACUUAAUAAAAACAAAGGAUAGAAGGCUUAAAUCAAGACAGAACAGGAGGAGAACGGUUUCUGCAACCCAACCAUGUUGUUGGAAAUUUCUCCUCCAGUUUCAGGUCUAGGCAAAUAAAGACAAAGACAAAACAAGAGAGAAGGAAAGGAACAAUUUCAAAACCUAAUUUUCCCUUCAGAGAUAUUUUACGUUUUUUUCUUUAAAACAAGAAGUUAAAUUAAAAGAAGUAAAAGAGAAAACAUAAAGAAGAAACGAGAAGAUCAGAUAAUUUAAGACAAAUAGGAAUUCUGAAACUGGAAUGUUUAAAAAGAAAUAGUCAAAAAUGCAGAAAUGAUAUUCCAAGAGGCAAAGUAAUAGCGGAAAAACAAAACAAAAUAAAGGAAAAAAAACAUUACCUAUUAAUAAAAAAGGAACAGUUAAACUUGAAGAGCAGGCAGCAUGUUGAUCAUGCAGCUCCUCAUGUUUCUUGCUGCGCUCUCUUCCAUCAUCCACCCUGUUCCCUCAGUGGCCCCUGCAAGCAGCGUGGCACUUAGUCGGCUGGACCGGUGGGUCCGCUCGGGCCUCCAGAUGCUACAAUUGGAUCAGCAAAACCGCUGCCUCCGCAUGUCCUCCAUGUCUGAGGCAGACUGUAGACGACUCACCCACCUGCCGCUGUCCUCUGUGGCCGUGUACAUGUCUGAGCAGCGCACCACUGCAGGUCCCUUAAAAAAAGUCCUGGCAAUCCUGCCAGACUUUUCCAGUGGGAUGCUGAGCUCCAAGGGUAGGAGAAGUUUCAGUGUUGGGCGGAUGCUGAACAGAGCUGAGGGACCCCACAGACAUAGCCAGCCCCUCUACAGUUCCUCUGCCCAUGAUGUUGUACUGGUGCUGGAUCCAAGCCCAGGAGAGAACUUUGGACACCCUGUGGUCCUCUUUUAUGUGGACAUGAAUGUGACGAAGAAGAGAUGUUCCCACCUAGAUGGCAUUUACCUGGGGGAUGAGUGUUUGACGCUGGCUUUAAAGGGUCGUUGCCAGAACCAGCUGAAGCGUUUCCAGACAGCUCCACAGAGGCUUUUUGGUUCUAGACGGGUGGCAGUUGGGACACUGCAUGGCGGCACUGCUGGAAGCCGUCUGCUGGAACGAGCCAUUGAAGGUUUCUGUGAGGUCCACUUUCUGCCAUUGGUGGUUGCAGUUGGAGACAGCAGCUGGACACAGAGACUCAGAUGUGUUGACAACCCAGAGUUUGCCAGGUGUCCUCAGCAGCUACCCAUGAGCAUUUCCAGUCUUCCCGUCUCAAGCUGUGAGCUGAACAAAAACACCAGGCGCUGCCACCAGCAGCCUCUAGCCACCCACCUGUCCUGUCGCCUCUAUCAGACCUGUGACCAUGCCAUGCUCAUCUCAGGUGGCUGGCAGUCGCAGAUGACAUUUCAGCAUCAUGCUCAGAAUCUUCAGAGGUUCUACAAAAUGCUCAGAAAUAAUGGCUUUCAUAAAGAUCACAUCAAGACUUUCUUCGCCAACAGCGGACAGCUUCUUGAUCUAGAAGGUGUUUACUCGGCUACAGAGAAAGGAGUGAUCCGUGAACACAUUUCAUACAUUUGCCGGAAGCAACACUGUGCUGAUACUCUGGUUCUGUACCUGAACUCUCCAACACGCACCGACGGAACCAUGCUGCUGUGGGACGCCAACCUGAAUGGCAUUGCUGAUGUGAAGGAGAGGUACUCAGUGAGCGAGCUCCUGGCCGAUCUGGCUGGCUGCAGGGCAACUCGUGUUCUCCUGUUUGUGGAUCAGAGCUACAGUGGGGUCCUGUCCAAGAGGCUAAGAAGUUCCCAGAAACACCAUAAUGUGGUCCUCAUCCAGUCUCAGUCCCGACAGACCCAGGGCUACCAGAACCACAGGCUGUUUCCGGGCUGGGAUGAAAGCAGCUGGUCCUCUAUAAGUGCUGCCACUUGCCUGUUAGACCACCUGGAGAGGGUUGACGGAAUGUCUCACCUAUUGGAGCCAUGGGCCGGUCUUUUAAACGUGACGUUGGCAGGGGCACCAUGUAAUGCCACCCCUCCUCUUACAGACAGUGAGAUGCGGCGAGAGUAUCAGGGUUGCCAGAAUCUGCCGACUGCUCUGUGGUAUCAGAAGCAUGGGAGGACCAACUAAGUGAGACCAACAAAGACUUACUUAAACAGGACAGGCACAGACAUUUUAAUUCCAGUUGUGUAGAUUUCCCACUGUGUGUGUGCAGGUUUGGGGGGUUAAAACUUCAUGUUACACUGGUGUGUUUAGUUUAUUACAUGAGUCUACUGUGAUGGCAUCACCUUCUAAGUGGGAUGCCCUGAACACCAUGUGAUCUCUGUCUGUGUGUGUGUCUGUGUGUGUCUGUGUGUGUUCAUGAGUUCAGCAAAAGGACAGCCUAUCUCAAGGGCCAGCACUAGCUUACAUGGUCAAAGUGUGUGUUGGUGUGUGUACUUUUUGUGCACUUUAACAUUUUAGUUUCAACCAUCAGUCUAUUUUUAUCCUAACACCAGUGUCCUUUCAUGAUCUUAUUUUAAUCUGUCAUGCAUACAACGUUUUUUCUUCUCUCUUCUCCCAUUCACUACUUAUUUUCCUCUCCUGAAUGCCAUUCACAUCUUCCAAAUCUGCCUUUUAAAUUGUUGUGGUAGCUGCCACUAUGCCUUUUCUCUGACUGCUCAGAAUUUUACCUCUGGUAAAAGACAAUCACAAUAACAAAACACACAACUAUAUUUUCCAUUCACAUGGUGACUGUGGUGAAUUCAUCUAGCAAAAACAUCGUUAGAAAACUAUUGCCGUUAUGAACAGCAGGAUAACAUUUGCAAGCACAAUCAGUUUUACACAAAUUAAGCAUCGUUUUCCAAAACUCUCAUAAAGGAGUGUUUAGUGAAAUCUACAAGACCCCUGAAGGCUUGGUGAGGCACAUUUUGCUUCAACAUUUAUUUCCCAUAUGAAUUUUUAUUUCCCACAUAAACUGCAUUUGAUGACUGUUCACUUCCAGUCAUGCCUUUGUUAUAACGAUACAUUACUACCCAAGCAUUUUGCAUUUUUAAUGUAUUGGUUUGCAAUGAGUGAUGGAAGCAGUAAGAUCUUGCAAAAAGAGUGUGGUGUGAGUUGUUCAUGAAUCAUGGCAACUUGCCAUUGAAUCUCUUGAUCAUAUUAACUGUGAAUUAUGAUCUGAACAUAAUCUAAAAACAUGUUCAUAGUUGGUCUGACUUUCAUUCAUUUUUUUGGGAAAGUUUUGAAUCCCUCAAUAAGUUUAAAGAAUGGGCAAAGUUUCAAACCACACAUUGCAUGAUGUCAGGAGGUCCAAGCUGAAGAGCUGGUGAAAGCAACAAACAACAAACUAGUUGGCUGUGGUCAUAAUUAAGAAAUGAAGUGCACUGGCUGUGACUGUUGCAUUUAAUCAGAUCACAAGAACCUGUGUGCUAAAUCCCUUAAUAUGAAAAAUUUGAACUUGUUCUUAACACGAUGUAGAACGUUCUGUCCAGUGAAGUGUGUCUAAGUGUAUAAACAAUAAUCCUAUGAAGCACAUCCUGUUGUAUUGUCUUUUCUUCUUGUUGUGUUGCACAUUCGUGUUUUAGAAAUGUAACACUUGGUGUUUGUUCAAUCAAAAGAUAAAACUUGAUGAAAGGAACAAUUUCUGAGUAAAAAACUGGAAUAUGAGGUCCAGAUACUCAUUGUUUGUGUAAUGAUCAGUACAGUGUGUGAUGUGUAAUUUAGAUGAAAUGUUUCCAGCUGCAUGCAAUGAAUAACCUUAAGUAAAGACCAAUAAAGUACAUAAAACUGA